UAAAUCCAUGCUUAAAUGUUGAAACUAGCAACACAUAGCCAUUGUCUGCCCUUGAAAGAAACCUGAUGCGACCCUUUCGAGGCUUUUGCUUCCCGUAUCACCCUCAUCCCCACCAAUCCUAUUCCUCCACAUCACCAUAAACACCGACACCGGGUAGUCGCCUGUGGGGCUGCCACACAUCACUCGUCGCCCUCAGCGGCAUCGGCAACCUAAAACUUGCCCAACACAUAUUCAUAUGCUCCAUACACUCUCAUGUGCACAUUGCCUACAUUCAUGUGUAUCCUUUAAUAAUCUCUUUCCUUUGAAAGACUUCCAUUCUCUCCAAUACCCUUUACCGCUGCACGAAGAGAGAAGCGAAAGGGCACUUUGAUGAAGCCUUUGAGAUCUCGGAAUCGUCGCCGGUGAUGGAGAGGGGAUGGAGACACAACGUGGAGAUAUCGCCCAACUGUCCGCGCUGUGGUUCGUCCAACACCAAGUUUUGUUAUUACAAUAAUUACAGCUUGACUCAACCGCGGUAUUUCUGCAAGGGGUGUAGGAGGUAUUGGACUAAAGGUGGGUCCCUCAGGAACGUCCCCGUGGGCGGCGGCUGCCGGAAGAACAGAAGAGGUAAGGCGUUGGGGAUCCCUGGUACUUCCGAAGGUGUUCCCCCUAGGACCACCAUGGGUUGUGGGGUUGUCCCGAAGGAUUCAACUGAGUGUCAUUCUCAUUCAUAUCCCUUGGCCGCUGCAGAGCAGUGUACUAGCACCUCCGGGACGUUGGAUGGGUCUCACAUCGAUCUUGCGGCCGUUUACGCGAACUUCUUGAAUCAUCAACCGGAAAAGGGUGAUAAUAAUAAUGGUGUGGCCGUGGCAGGGUCAUGUACAGGUCUUGAAAUACCUGAAUUACCUAACGAAUUUGAUCCAUCUAUGGAGUUUUCUCCCCUUCCCUUAUCUGAGGAACAAAUUGGUCUUGGUGGAUGCAUUUCGGUGAGCUCCAAUAUGUCCGUUGACAAUUAUUUGAGCAGCAAUGAUCGAAUGUACUAUUCUGGUUUGGAACCAUCAUCAGAGACGUCGAAGCCUAAUUGUGAAGAUCAUCAUAGAGGAAAACAUACCGGCAGUACUUACGGUCAUGAAACAUACAGGACUUGCGGCGAACUACCGCCGUUAUCCGGAGAAGAUCAUGGGAUGUUGUGGUCGAAUUCUCAUCCAGAGAGUAUGUUAAAUCUGGCAACGCAAGACCCAAAUCUAUUGUUUGGUAAUUGGAGUCCUUUUGAUUUGUCUAGUGAUGAUACUUUUCCCAAGAGUUAAAAGAGCUUGAAUAAAAUCUACUUUUAUUGUUUUGUUUUAAUCUGGUUUGGUUUGAUUUGGUUUGGCUUUCUUCUUAGUGUCGUCACAAUAUGUAUAGAAGAGGGAGAGUUACAAAUGAAAUAACAUUUGCUAG